CUUUGGCGCGGCGGCGCGCUCGGGCCGCCAAGCUGGCUCGUCGCAGGAGCCGCAGACGCGCGAGGCAGAUGUGGCCAUGAAGCAGGAAGGCCGAACGGCAGGCAGCAGCUCAAACUCGCGCCAGCACUCCGACGCCGCAAGAGAUGCACCUGUGCGUGGCCGCUCGGACGAGACAGCAGCUGCUGCUGCGCCCGCCAGCAAGAGCGGACCGAACUCGCCCAGCGACACGCGCAAGCGUCGCUGGGGCGAGCGCUUCGAGCAGGACCGCCAGAAGCGUCCACGCAGUGAUCAGAACGACGCACCCGCUGCCGCUGUGCAAGACGCAGCGCGGCCCGAGCCGAACCGUAGGCAGCCCGACCGAGCGUCGCAGAACGAGCGUCAAGAUCAGAAGCAGGCUUCAGCGCGCGAGUCUCGCUACCCGCAGAACGAGCGACGCGAUAUCGGCCGACCGGCAGAAGAGACCAACGCAGUCGCCUCGGCAUAUGCGAGGCGCAACGGCGCAGCACGCGGUGCGCCAGCGCCAACGUCGCAGCCUCCCACCGUGCAGCACGACAGAUCCAGCUAUCGUGCACCCGAAGCGGCGCCGGCUGGCUCGCGCUACGACUCCUACCGUCCUUCAGACGCAGCACCGCCAGCAGCGCCUGAGCGCGUCGAACCACGGCAGCGUGACACUUAUCCUGAGCCUAGCAACGGCUUCCGCGGGCCAUUCCUCUGCUCCGCCUCCCGACAGCGUCGCUGACCGCAGCCAAGGUCCAACUCGUUCGCCUCCACGAGGCGCUCCGGCAAGCGACAAGCGCCCAGCCUACGACGAUCGCCGGCCGUCGCGAGCCGCACCAGGUACUUCGGGCGCAGCGGGCGAGCCGCAGAUGCGAGUCUGGGGUGCACGCGCUGCGCCGGCCGCCGAGGCGCCCCUGCGUGACGCUCCGAUGAGCCGUGAGCCGUCUGCGCGAGAGGGUCCUUCUCGCGACGCGCCGGGCCGCGACUAUGCUGGUCCGCCGCCGUCUGCGUGGGGAUCCCGCUCGUCGUACGACGACCGCGCACCUCGAGAUGCACCCGCCCCUGCUGCGGGUCCUCGGAUCGACUCGCGUAUGGCCGAGCCAGCGGCUGUUGCGCGAGACCGGCGCAGCUACGAGCCGCAGACGCCUGCAGCUGUCGUGAGCCGGUCUGCAGAAUCUGCUCAGCUCGACUCGCGUGCUCCACGCGAGCCGGCUGGGCGCUCGCGCUACGACGAGCCGCCGCAUGCCUCUAUCGCUGCGGCAGGCUCACAGCGUCCGUCUGCACCGCGCCAGGCAUCAAAGUCUGGCUUCCGCGCCGACAACCCGCCGCCAGCUCGUCAUCCGGACCUUGAGCGUCAAACGCAGUGGGGGCCCGAGCAGUUGCCCGCAGAGGCUCGCUACGACUCGCGUCCAGCCAUGGAUGCGCUGCCGGCCAUGCGCGAUCGCUUCGCACCCGUCGAGUCCGCUCAACAGCGCGGCCCGCCUGGCGCUGGCGCUCCGGCCAUCAACGGCAUGCGAGCAUGGGGCGCACCGCGGGAGCCGCCGGCCGCGGCGCUAGAGUCUCGCGACGUUCGCGUGCCGCUGACCCGCGCCGCAACUACCCUCCGCACGAGGCGCCGCGCGCAGCGUACGGCCCUCGCGCUCAAGAGCCUCCUCGUGCGAUCAGUCCGCGUGACGAGUAUGCGCCGCGGCCAGCUCGUGAAGCGGGCCCUGGAGCGCCGCGCCAGUACGAUCAGCCUCGUGGUCUCGACUCGCAGCGAGACUAUCGCGCAGCGCCACCUGCGGCAUAUCCGCCUCGCGACGUCGAUCGGCGAGCUCCUCAGCAGGCGCCGAUGCGCGAGUGGGGUGCGCCGCGCGACCACUCCUCGUAUGCUCCUGCCCCGCCGCCGCAGCAGCAUGCGCCACGCGAUGUGUCAGGCGACAUGCGCUCCCUCGCCGAGCGUGAGGCGGCGCUGACUCGCAAGGAGCGCGAGCUGCAGGAGCGCGAACGUGCGAUCCAGCAGGCGGCCGCCUCCGUUCCGCGUCGAUGAUGAUG